GAGUGCAGUUGCCCGCCAUGGAGAUCACCGAAGAAGACGCUCAUGCGCUGUCGUGGGCAUUCAGCGCACCCCCCGCCGAGGGAGUUCCCGCGUUGGAAAAAAUAGCGGCGCAAAUCGCCUCGCUCGACGAGGUGUCUCUUCACGAUGUCUCCCAUAUUGAAACGACCCUCACAAGUUCGAACGUGGAUGCGCGAGAGCUGAUGACGUCGUUGGUGUCUACCACGCCGUCCUUCACCUCCCCUGCGCAACUGGCGCUGUACGUGGUGAUUGCUGCACGUGUUUACGUGGCCCUGUUCGCGGAGACGGUGACACGCAGGAGGCGUCUUGCGGAUGCCAACGCAGUUUCGAUCACCGACGGGCGCUCAACUGUCGCCGAAGGUAAUUCGGACCCCGUCAGCUCUGUGGUAGGUUUAGCACUUCCGACGAUGCGUUCGUGGUCGCGAGACCUGAUUGCCGUGAUGAUCCGCUCCAUACUGCCUCAGCUGUGCCUGCGAGACGCUCAAACGCACACGCUUUCCACAUCGCAGCACCUUCGCAAUGGCGUCCCUCUUUCCCCCUUUUCGGAAGGAAUAUGCGAAGAAGUCAAUCCCGAUGGAGGGACAGACAACGCAGAGAGGCAGCACCUGCUCCUCCUUGAAGCACUCGCUGACUACAACGUCCCUCACGCAUUAGCGCACCUCGUUAACGCCGUUUAUCGCACCACUCGAGACAACACGGUGUGUCCGCUGCUCCUCUCUACGUACGCCGCCCUCUACCAGAUGGAGUCCUAUAUCGAACGUGCUGACAACACCGUGGGCACCGCCCUGUCGACGGGGGCGUCGCUGCGAGAAUGGCGACUUCGCUUUCUUCGUGAGGUCGACGGUGCCCCCCGGGAAAAGAAGGAGAAGAAAAUGGACGCGUCAGCAGAAGCGAAGCCAACACGUCCAGCCAAUGCCGCGUCUUCGUUGGAUGCCGCUGUGGUGGAGCUUCGUUCUUUGAUCGGUGAGUUGGUCCAUACCCUGCUUGUGGAGGACGUCGAUGACAUGUGGUCGUUUGCGAUCGUCCAUCUGCACGGACCCGUCUUUCCCAGCAUCAGUGAUGCGACGAUGUUCUCGACGGAUCUUGAGCGCGGCGUGGCGCCACCCGACACGACCGCCGCGCUGCUUGCACGAGAGCGUGAGGAGGAGAUGGAUGCCUACACCCUCGUCGAAACUGACGACGUGGAUGAGCUGGGCAGAGGUAAUAUUGAUGUUGAGAUGAGUUCCUCCUUCGAGCUUGGGCUGCCUUCUCCAUUGUCUCGUCAAGGUGCGCUGCUGCUCAUCGUGGAUGUGCUGCGUGACGCACGUGUGUGUCCGGCCGCGCUGUACUCCAUGUCCGCCACCUCGUUGCUUCUUUGCGUCGCUGACGCCCUCCCGGUGGCGUUGACGUGCACGUGCCGUGCAGCACUCAUGCGCUACCUGCUGCUGCUGCACGACAUCGUCGCCGCCAUCCCGAAGUACAGCGUUGACUGUGUUGGGGAGCAGCAUGCCCACGGUGCGCAGCCGACGCCGUCAAUGGGAUCGGUGUUUACACUGAACAACACGCAAGCCUUCGACGCGUGCCUCACGAGGCGCUACGAGGCGCUCUUUGCAAUAGAAAAGGAGCUCCUCUCGGUGUCAGCGCUGUGCCCCUCCGAUGAGCAUCGCCGCGCUGCCCGCGUCAUUGCGUUGGAGCUGCUGGAGAGAUUGACUGAGGAGCCACGGGUGCGAAUGCAUCUUUCUCUGCUGACGCUCUGCCCGUAUCCGUCCAUCGCACGCUUCUUCCUGGAGCGACUGCUGGAGGACUGGUGGGCGCAGGAGCCACAAAACCGUGUGCGCACAGCGGACACCGCCGCUGCUGUUGCGGGUGCUUCCCCGGCAGCGUCGGCGCUGUCCUCCCCGCUGUCGUCUAUGGCGCCGAUGGGCUUAGGCGGGUGCAUGGUGGCGUUUCUCCAGCACGUCGUGGGAGGCACGCAGGGGUUCCUCGACCCGCUCGUUGUGGCGCUCAACUUCGUGCGCGUGGCGGCGAGUCGGCAGCGGUGGAUUCGCGAUAUUGGGCAGAACGCAGCGAGGCGGUCGGCGCCACUGGGGCAGCAGCAGCAGCAGCAGAAUAACGACCACGAGCCUUCUGCCCACCGCGGCUGGGCUCAGCUGUUCGACGUUGUAACGCGAGAUGUUCUACCGCGGUGCGAGGAGCUCAUGAAUGUGCCGGAUGCCCCUGCGUCUUCGCCGUUUUCAGCGCCUCCGUUGUCCCCUCUCGACGCCUUUUCGCUCCGUUGCGCUGUGGACGGUGUGAAGACCGCCUUGUCGUGA